AGCAUAUUAAAAAACUUUAGGAAAAGUUAAAACAAAAAAAAAAAAAAAAAAACAAAAAAACGAAAAAGAAACAAGUUGUGAAACUUAAAAGUUUGGCACUAAAAAGCAAUAGUAGUCAAGUGCUGCCAAAAGGUGAAGUCUCAGCAGUAACAGCGCCGUCAUUUAAGGAGCAACAACAACAGCAACCAGAACCGGAUAGAGCAGCUACAACGACAACAUGGGAAAAAAGAGCUCGAAAUUGAAACAGGAUACCAUCGAUCGUUUAACAACUGACACAUACUUUACUGAAAAAGAAAUACGUCAAUGGCACAAAGGAUUUCUAAAAGACUGUCCGAAUGGUUUACUCACAGAGCAAGGUUUUAUCAAAAUCUACAAACAAUUUUUCCCACAAGGCGAUCCCAGUAAAUUCGCUUCGCUUGUGUUUCGUGUCUUCGAUGAGAACAAUGAUGGGUCCAUCGAGUUCGAGGAGUUCAUACGCGCCUUAUCCGUCACAUCGAAGGGCAACCUGGACGAGAAAUUGCAAUGGGCGUUCCGUCUGUACGACGUCGACAACGAUGGCUACAUAACCCGCGAGGAAAUGUACAACAUUGUGGACGCAAUCUAUCAGAUGGUGGGCCAGCAGCCGCAGUCGGAGGAUGAGAACACGCCGCAGAAGCGAGUGGAUAAGAUAUUUGAUCAAAUGGAUAAGAAUCAUGAUGGCAAAUUAACAUUAGAAGAAUUUCGUGAGGGUAGUAAAGCUGAUCCACGUAUAGUUCAGGCGUUAAGUUUAGGUGGUGGUUAAAA